AGCGCGCGCUCUGUUAUUCGCCGCGACUCCUGUUCUUCACUUUGGACACAUGCACGCGCGACAGCCACUUUAAAUACAUACACUUGGGACUCCAGCAGCCAUGUGUUCAUGUAGCCCUCUGGGCUCUAUAGUCUUCCUUCUUGUCAUUAGCAGGAUCAUACAAGGUUCAAACUCCAGUGCUGAAGAGGCCCUACCUCCUACCAUUCAGAAUCUGAUGAAGGGCUACAACAAGUACCUGAGGCCUUUCUUUGGCAAUGGUCCUGUUACUGUUGGCAUGAGUUUAGACAUCGCCAGCAUAGAUACUAUAUCAGAGAUCAACAUGGACUAUACAGCAACUAUCUUCUUGCGUCAGCGCUGGACAGAUGAGCGUCUGUGCUUUGAUGGAAAUAAGAGCCUGAGUUUGGACGGCAGACUGGUGGAGCUUCUCUGGGUUCCUGACACAUUCAUUGUGGACUCCAAAAAAUCCUUUCUGCAUGACAUCACUGUGGAGAACAGACUCAUCAGGAUAUUCCCAAAUGGCACCGUGCUUUAUGCCCUGAGAAUCACCACCACAGUGGCCUGCAGUAUGGACCUGACCAAGUAUCCCAUGGACAAACAAACUUGCACACUUCAGCUAGAAAGCUGGGGUUAUAAUGUGAAAGAUGUGGUGUUUUAUUGGACACGUGGGAACCUCUCAGUUAGUGGACUUGAUACCCUGCAGCUGGCGCAGUAUACACUAGAGGACUACUAUACCUCAGAGUCUGAGGCUGUGUAUGAGACAGGCAGGUACCCAAAGCUGAUCUUCCACUUCCAGCUGAGGCGAAGCAUCCUUUACUUUAUUCUGGAGACAUAUGUGCCAUCUAGUGCCCUGGUGGUUUUGUCCUGGGUGUCCUUCUGGAUCAGUCAGUCCUCUGUCCCUGCUCGCAUCUGCAUAGGGGUGACCACAGUCCUGACAAUGACCACGCUGAUGAUGGGUGCACGAACUUCUCUACCCAAUGCUAACUGCUUCAUUAAAGCCAUUGAUGUGUACCUGGGCAUCUGUUUCAGCUUCAUCUUUGGUGCCCUCAUAGAGUAUGCUGUGGCGCAUUUCUGUACUUUACACCAACCAAAUGCUGCCAAUGCAUAUAUGUAUGGACAGGAGAUGCAGGAACGUGAGGAUGAGAUGAAUGGGAUUAUCACAUCCAUCGGCAGCCAGGCUCUGCGGGUACGCAGAAGGGAGGAAAUACUAUCCCGUGGUGGCAGCACUAGCAGUCCCACUUCCAGUCACACUAAAGAGGAGAAGCCCUCCUCCCAGCACCAAAGCGGCUGCGCCAAGUCGGUGUCACUGCUGCGUCGCAUUGUGUGCUUCCUGAACUGUUGCCAUGUGGAAAACCCACACUAUAUUGACAACUACUCACGUCUGACCUUCCCUCUCUCCUUCAUCUUCAUUAAUCUGCUCUACUGGACCUACUACCUGUACUUUUAGUGUGUGUUUUUAUGCGUGUGAGGGUUUCAUAUCUCUGCAAUAUGUCACAGCAUUUUAAGGAUUUAAUGCACUUUUCUCUGAGCAUGUUUUUGCAGAUACUACAUGUGACUCAUGCAUGUAGUAUGCAAUUUUUUUCCUCAUUUUGUCCUACAGGAUGGUCAUGGCUGUAACAGAGUUUUAAUGAGUGUUGAUUCCUGAAGGUAUGUUUAUGUGAGAAAUAUAUACCAUUUGUAUUCAGUAGAAUUUACGUGACAACACAAGACCACACAAUGCAACUAAAAGAAUGAAAAUGUGAAACAAAAAUGCGACUAAUUAUUUUAAAUUCUACAUAUUAUAAAGCAGGAUCAGUGAUGUAAUAGUGAAUAGCAAGACCAAAGAUUUAAUGCAUUUUUAAUAUACAUGAAUACAAAUAUUUCAGUGCAUGUUAUUAGAUGUUGCGCAGGUAGCAUUAUAUGGAUGAUUUCAGUCAUUGUUAUUUGAACAGUCAAUGUCGUUGAGUUUUGUGACUAAAUCUUGCUGCCGUCAAGAAGAAAAAAAAUAUCUCCAAGUGAUUUUCUGAUUAUUAGUUUAAGGAGCUGCAU